AUGAAAGCAGAUCUGGCAGAAGAAUUCAAAAAGUUCAAACAUUCAGAAAAAGAAGAAGGAGGAAUAGAAAUCUUGACGGAGGAUAUUCGCAUCGGAGAAAAGGAAUGCUCGUUGAGUCUAAUGGGAAACCUAUUUUGGGAAAAGAAAGCAAACUUUGUCGGGCUUAAAGCGCCGAUGCAGAAUAUUUGGCUUACUCAUAAGCCUUUCACGACGAGGAUGGUGGGCAACAACAAGUACCAAUUUAUAUUUCAAUCGGCUGAAGACAGACGAAGAGUUUUGGAGGGGAAAGCGUGGAACUUUGACGGACAAUAUUUGCUGCUAAAAGAAUGGAGUGAGGAGAACAACAGAUACACUGCGGAGGAACAAAAGAUAGAGUUGUGGCUACAAAUUCAUGAUCUACCGCUACAUUGGGUAUCAGAGGAGGUAGGCUUGAAGAUUGGGAAAUUAUUUAACAAAGUUGCAGCUGUGGUGGGGGGAGCAAGAGGAAGAAUUGUGAAGAUACUUGUGGAUCUAAACCUGAAUGAGCCACUUCUAAUGGGCACAAAGCUAAAGAUGGGAGGAUAUAGAGGGGGAGGGGUAGCCUUUAGUGAGAACAAACCUCGGGUAGAGGGGAGGCAAUAUGUGGACACAAAAGCCAUGGAUGCUAAAGCUAAUAAUGGGGAGGGGAGAAAAUUUCUUAAUAUUCUUACCAUUAAGGGGAAUGAGGGGUUAGUAGAAGCUAAGGGAAUGGGGGCAAUAGAAAGUAACCCAUAUAGUGAAACCAACAAACAUCCUCAAAGCCUUAUUCCUACUGAGGACACUAGAGUCAGUACCCUCAAUGACCCAAUGGUACAAAACUUAGAUGUGGAGUAUGUUGAUAGAAGGGACCUGAUGCAUUUAGAUAAUUAG